GAUAUUUUAAAGCAAUAUGUUAUGAUAUUACAUGUUAUUUAAGUUUAGUGCAGGAUGAUCAGAUGAGUUUUAGAAAGAUGACGUGUGUGUGAAACUGAUGGUGGUCUCGUUUAGUUGUUAAAUGGAACGGAAGUCAUCAGCAUCGACCACAUCACGCUCAUAUUGUCUUUCAAACUCAAGUAAGACUUUUACAGACACCUGAAGUGAUGAAGAAAAUGUUUCUCAUGUUUGUUUUUCUCUGUUUGUGCUUCUGCUGUCUGAUGGGUGAGUUAUACAUGUUUUAUGAUUUAUAAAUCAGAUUUACAUUUAUUUCUGUUUCCAGAUGAAUGACUUUAAAUGUGUUUGUGUCUUCAGGUGUGUUUGGUGAUGAAGUGAAGUCAGUGUCAGUGAUGGAGGGAGAUUCUGUUACUCUACACACUGAUACUAAACUAAAGAGAGAUGAUCGGAUACAGUGGGUGUUUGGAGUCGGACCUCAAGAGUCUCUCAUAGCUCGAGUCAAUAAAGCAUCUAAUAAGAUCUCAAUAUAUGCUGAUGUUCUAGAUGGGAGAUUCAGAGACAGACUGCAGUUAAAUAAUCAGACUGGAGAUCUCACCAUCACAAACAUCACAACUCAACACACUGGACUUUAUCAAAUGAUCAUCUUCAGCGGCAAACAGAAGAUCUCAUACAGAUUCAAUGUUACUGUCUAUGCUCAUCUGCCUGUUCCUGUCAUCAACAGUAACUCUUCACAAUGUUCAUCAUCAUCAUCAUCAUCAAAUUGUUCAUUAUUGUGUUCAGUGUUGAAUGUGAGAGAUGUGAGUCUGUCCUGGUAUAAAGGAAACAGUUUAUUGUCCAUCAUCAGUGUGUCUGAUCUCAACAUCAGACUCUCUCUACCUCUGGAGGUUGAAUAUCAGGAUACAAACACAUACAGAUGUGUGGUGAACAAUCCCAUCACAAACCAAACUCAACAUCUCAACAUCACUCAACUCUGUCAGAUGUGUUCAGAUUGUGUUUGCUGUUGUCAUGUUUCUGAAGCUGUGAUCCGAUUGGUGGUCUCUGCUCUGGUGGGUGUGGCUACUGUUGCUGUUCUGGUUUAUGACAUCACAUCAAGCAGAACUAAACAGAAGAAAAGAUCACAGACACCAUCAGACCGACACUGAUCAACUGAACAUUCUCACAUUUAGGUGCUGUUGUGGAUUUAAAUGUUUGAGUUCACAUUUCUGUUUUCUUUACUAACAACUGAAGCAAGUCUUGGGAUGAAAUGUAUAAAUUCUUUAAUGUGUACUGUAUGUGCUAAUAAAUUGAUUCUUCUGGUUAAAUUGAACUUGUAUAGGAGAAAUAAAUGAACUGUUUUUGGCGUGUAAAUGUGGAUUUAAUGUCUCUCUUUUGUUUAAUAUAUUGAUGAGUUGAAUUUCAAUAAUUGUUAUUAUUAUCAAAUGCAUAAAAAAAUCUAAUUCAUUAUGUCUGAAUUGUUACAAUUAUGAUCAUUUAUUUAUUUCCUCCCAGUAUACAGAUGUGUGCUAUUGUGUUUAAAAGUUUCAUCUGUUCAUGUCAAAGGUUCAUGUGUAGAUGUGAACACAAGAUGGCGCUUUAUAUAAUGAUGCUUUAUAUAUCAGUGAGAUUUAUCAAUUCAUCUCUCUCCUCUGUCUUUCUGUUGCUUUAUAUCUGGUAAAGUUUUGACUUGUGUGUCAGGUAAGCAUCUUUUAAAAGUCACAUAUUAUGCCCAUUUUGUGUGUGCCCAGAGUAUGUCUAUGAUGUUUCGGCUUAAAUUACAUAUCGUUUAUUGGAUGCAACUCACUGAUGGCGGAAACUUUUGUAAUGCAGGACUGUCAGUGGGUGUCAUAAUUAACUUAUAUUAAUUAUGUCAUAAAAAUGACUGUCAAACUUUACAAACACAAUCAUGUAGUUUAUGACAGUUCGUUAAAUCAUCUUUUGUGUUUUUUUUUGGAAUUAAAUGUUUAGACUUAUUUAAUAUCAAACGUUAGAUUCUUUGAGCUUAGUCCUUAUUAU